AUGCUCGUGUCCGGCCGACUCGAGGGCAGUAUCCGCGGCCAGGAGUGGCACAGACCCCUAGCGCUCUGCAGCCGCCGGCUGGGCGCUGAAUGGCCGUCGCGACGCCUGGUCGCCACACUCCGCGCCCUGAGGAUUCACUGCACCACGAUGACUGCGAGGAGGGCCCCUGCCCCGCGCCUGCGCACGCGGCCCCUUCUGCUCUCAUGGCCCUUAGCGCGGCGCGAGGCUGGGCGCGGUGGGCGGAGCGCGACUUCAGCGAGCGGGUGGCGCUUGGAGCCUGGUCCUCGGAGGAAGGCCAGUCCACACGGUCUCUGGCUGCGAAUUCCUGGACCCUCUCGGCGGGCGUCUCCCAGAGCUGCAGGUUGCCUUGGACAGUGGCCUGCAGCUGACAGUCCUCCUGCUCUUCUCAGCUCUCCUGGGCCACAGCUGGCAGCCCCCCUGGCCCUCAGCACUUGUCCAGACUCUGAGUCUCCACGCCCUGUCUGGCCAGCUCCUGUCCCAGCCUGUCCCAGCCUGUCCCACCGUGCGUGCGGUGCAUCCACCCCCCACCACUGUGCCAGCUCUUACUCCCUUCUCCCCUCCCCUCCCAGCGUGCCUCGUGGCCGGCAGUGGCGGGGCGGCUCUCGCCAUCCCAUCCGGGUGGCAACCAAUUACACCAACGCACCAUGGCAGCUGGUGGACCGGGCCUCUCCCCGGGUGGCACACACUCCGGUGGAUCCCUGGAUUGAGCGGCCCUGCUGUGGGGACCCCGUGUGUACACAGGAGCAGAAGAGUGUGACUAAUGGCACUGCAGGGCAGGGAGCCCAUGGAAAAGGUCCCCUGGCCAGGUGCAUGCCUGGCUCCUGACCCCUCAGGGCGGACUUCCGCUGGGUGCCGGGCUCGGACCUAGGCACCUUCGACCGCUCCCCAUAGCUAUUGGACCGCCUUUUGGCCCAGCUGGGUGAUUACAUGUCUUUCUGCUUUGAGUAUUACCGGGAUAACCUCAGCCAUGUUGAGCUCCUUGGGUGCCUGACGGGCAGCCCGGCCACAGGCAGCCCCUACCUGGAUGGGGACCUGGCCCUGCCCGGUGAUGAUGAGCUCUUCUGCCAGGAUCUCGAGAAAGUUAUUCAGGACCUUACCAAUUUUGCUGAGUGCCACUGUGCUGUGCUUUGCCCCUGCCCUCUGCUGAGCCAGCCGCCGGUGGCCCCACAGCUGCCCGUGGUGAGGCAGUACCUAGCCGGGUUCGCCGAGGCCCUGGCCCUGAAUGGCACUGCCCCCAGGCCUGCCCCAGCUGCUGCAGCCAUCCCUGCUAUUUCUGAGUCCAAAUCCAUAUCCAGAAAUUCUCAGCCGGAGCCAUAGCCGGCUGAGGAGCGUGCCCCUGGGCCCCAGAAACCCCCUGCCCAACCUAUUUCUGCUGGACCCCAUCCUGGGCCUGUAGGACCAGCUUCCUCCCAGCCAGAGGAGGCAGCCCCCAAACCUGUCCCCAGACUUUCAGAAUCUGUUAACCUUCCUGUUCCCAAACCAGAGCCAGCUCGCUCAGGGGGUCCAGAACCCGCCAAAAAAGAGAGAGUUCGGACAGAGGGAGACCCAGAAGUGUCCUUAGGUAUCCCAUAACAGGUGGCAGAUGCCCUGGAGGCCCCAGGAGAGCCACCGUUCUCCACCCUACAUCUCUGGGUCCCAAACGUGGCCCAGGCAGGUGCAGCAAUGCCCCGUGAAGGGGCCACAGUGAAGUGGCCUCCCAUAGCCCUGAGUCGGGACAGAGUGGCGCCCCCAGAUGACUCCAUAGCUGAGUGAGGAGGUACACUUGUUUGGGGUUCCCCUACCCUGUUAAACAUUGGCCUCUGCUCAUGCCCUCUGCUUCCUGCAGCCUCUUCCCUCUGCUCCAACACGAGGAGGGCUGCCUGGAGGAAGCAGCCACACUCACCCUUCCAACUGAGUGGGACGGUACCAUGGCUGAGAAUGAAGCUUCUCUGCAGGUUGCCCGGUGGCCUGGCCUGCUGGGAGGUUUGGGGUUAGGAAGAUGGCCUGACAGCCUUUCGCUGGGCUCAACAACGUCCCCGUCUGCGUAGUGACGUUCUGCUCACACCCGAUCCUUUCGGAGGCUGUUCUGGGGGCACAGGUUUUAUGUCUGUAUUUGCAGCCCUGCCUCUCCCGUGUACCCUCCCGCAUCCCAGAUGUAGCACGGCACAACCGCGGCUUCGACAUGAGCCAGGGCUGGUGUAGAUGCCAGCUACUCUGAUCCCAGCUACUCAGGAGGCGUGGCAAAGAGGAUGUGAGAUCGGGGCCCGCCUGGGCAGCAGUGAGACCCUGUCUUUCAAAACAGACAGAAAACAAACAAAAAAGUUGGAACCAGCAGUUGGCGUAAUGGCUAUGUCACUGGA